AUGCACCAAGGAUGCAUCCUGUGGGGAAUGAGGGUCCUGAUGCCUUCAAAGCUGCGCAUGAGGGUGCUCGACGAACACCACUGCGGACAUCCAGGAAUCGUCAGGAUGAAAGAAAUUGCAAGAAGUUACACAUGGUGGCCACGAAUCGAUGACGAGCUGGAACAGAUGGUAAAAAGAUGCGACGACUGCCAGGAACAACGCCCUCAACCACCGAAGGCUCCGCUGCAUCCUUGGUCCUGGCCGUCUCGACCGUGGGACCGCGCGCACCUGGAUUUCGCGGGUCCCUUCUUGAGUAAGAACUUUUUAGUCGCGGUGGACGCGCACUCCAAGUGGCCGGAGGUGUUUGUGCUCCAGUCAACGACCGCAGCAGCUACUGUACAGUGUGUGCGUGAGCUGUUUACGCGAUGGGGUAUCGCGGGUACAAUUGUCACAGACAAUGGACCUCAGUUUUGUGCGGAGUCUUUUCGGAUGUUUCUCAAGCAAAAUGGCGUGAAACACAUAACAUCGGCGCCCUACCAGCCAUCAAGUAAUGGGUUGGCAGAGAGGUUCAUCCGGACGUUGAAAGAAGGCCUGAAGAAAGAUCAAAGUCACUCUCUGGAGGUGAGACUUGCUAACCUGCUUUUAGUUUACAGAAACACUCCACAUGCCACAACGGCACAGUCACCCGCAUCGCUCAUGUUGGGACGACCAUUAAGAACCAGACUGGAUCUCAUGAAGCCGUCCCUCAACCUCACCGUCCGACAGAAACAAGUAAUACAAUCCUUUACCCGGAGUCCCAGGGGCCGCGUUUUUCAAGUGGGAGAUCCUGUGCGCGUCAGAAACUAUCGUGGUGGUGAGAAAUAG